CUGCAUGACUUUGUGCACGUAUUAUCUUGCUGCUUCAGUGUGGGAACAGGAUUUGUAGUUAUGUCUGCUUGUAAAGUCAUAAAUCUGACCAGCUAUAAGCAGAAAUGUUCAGUCUGCAACACACAAGUCCUAAAGCUGAACAAUAGAGGAAUCUGCAUACAGUCUACCUGCACUUGUCAUAUCCUUUCUGCCUCUGUCUAGAUGUUGCUGCUCCCCAACUUCCUGUGGUAAAGGCUUCUACUUCUUCAUCUUCCUUGUCUCAGUGUUACCAUAGCUCUGACUAGAGACUGGAGGAUACUGACUAGGCUCAUAACAUCUUAAGAUAUGGGGAAAACGUGCGUAGUCGUAAUUAUUUUUGUUGUUGUGGCGGUAGCAAUGGCGUUGACCCUGGGUCUUUACUUUGGACGGAUAUUACCCAAGAAUCCGGACCCACAGAUGAAGCCUUUCCCUUUGGACAUGGCCCCUAAAUCUAUUGAUGACCGAUAUGAUGGCUGCAGUAAGUACAUGCACAAUGAGGUGAACACAGUCUACCUCCCACGUGAGAAGAAUACCAGUCCAGACUUCAAUAAUGCCUGGAAUGAAGCAGAGGAAAAAGCCAAACAACCUAUCCAUGAUCUGCAAAAAGAACACUCCAUGGCUAUAUAUGUGUACACAAAUGAAAAGCCCAAGAUCUACCCGGACUUCAACAGACAAGUUAAAGAUGGUAGCUCUAAUUAUGGGACAACAUUCCAGUACCAUUCCCUACACUUCUAUCUAACUGAAGCCAUUCAGAUUCUCAAACAAACUCAAACAACAUGUAGGACCACCUACCGUAGAACCGAUGUGUAUUUUGAUCAGGAUGUUGUCAGCAAAGAUAUCCGUUUCGGCACCUUCACCUCGAGCACUGAAAACCAGGAAUUAGGCAGAGAUUCAUUUGGAGAGACGUCCUGCUUUGAGAUCUCCACAUGUUUUGGAGCUGACAUAUCAUAUUACUCUGUAUUUACAGGAGAGAGAGAAGUCUUAAUUCCUCCCUAUGAGGUAUUCAAAGUGAUCAACAUUCAGACGAAGUCAACAGAGAAUAAACUGUGGUGUGAAGUCGUCUACACAUUAAAUAGCACUAGAGUUCAGAGUAACUUGAAUUGCAAGUUAAAAAAAGAAGCAAAAUCAAACCUGUGAAGCAGCUUUUCUGCAUUCAACCGCACAUCAGGAAAAGGCUACAUGACGCUCUAUAUUAUGUUGACAAUUACUGUAUAUCACUGGUCAUUCCCCCACCAAUGUACGAUUAAGUCAUCUGUAAAAAUGUAAAAUGUUUACUUUACUUCUUUCAGUUGUAAUGAUCCUGUUAAAGACUGUUUAACCCUUAUUGGUGCCUCAGAUUAAUAAGAUCAAGAGUUAUAAAAAAUGAUAAUUUGCUGACAUUGAAUCAAAUUGUAAUUUGUGAUUUGUUGACAUUUGUUAGCAUGUGCAUUGUGUUUGUUUAUAUUCACCAUUAUGUUACUGAUUCCCUCCAUUAAUAUUGUGUUUAUAUUCACCAUUAUGUUACUGAUUCCCUCCAUUAAUAUUGUGUUAAAUAUUCA